CUGCCCCACCUACUUGUGCGCGCUUGCUCUGUAGAGAGGCCAUGGCGUAUUUAACUUGCUGUGUUGCGGAUGAGGAGGAGGGUACGAAGUCUGGCUGUGAGGCAGAGCGCAUCGAAUGAGUUCGCGUUCUUUUCUUGAGUUAUUGCUAACAAUCAGUUUUCGAAGGCCGUUCAGAGCACUUUAAUAUCUACAGACUUAUUAUUUUGAUCAGUAUUUAGGACAUAUCUAUGACAUUAUUGGAUGGGUCCAGUUAUGAAGCGCAAGCUAACGAGCUAAUGUUAGCAAGGAAAUCAAGAAAAAACGUCGGAUAGCGGAAGUGCUGAAGUACCCGGAUUUCAAUUUGCCUGAUACUGAAGGUGGGUGGAGUGGAGUGUUUACAACAAGCAGUCACCUAUUGUGAAGUUUUUUUGGUUUAUUGAUUCUUGGAAAGUACAAGGAAUGGAUGGGGACAAAGGAGCUACAACUGAGCGGAUUCUUUUAGAACCCUACCAGUAUUUGCUUCAGCUGCCAGGAAAACAGGUGCGAACCAAAUUGUCCCAAGCUUUUAACCACUGGCUCAAUGUACCAGAGGAUAAACUUCAGGUGAUCAUUGAGGUGACGGAGAUGCUUCACAAUGCCAGCCUGCUCAUCGACGACAUUGAGGACAGCUCCAAGCUCCGACGCGGUUUCCCAGUGGCGCACAGUAUUUACGGCGUGCCGUCCGUCAUCAACUCGGCCAACUACGUCUACUUCCUGGGCCUGGAGAAGGUGCUGAUGCUAGAAAACCCGGAGGCGGUGCGCGUCUUCACCCGCCAGCUGCUGGAGCUGCACCGCGGCCAGGGUCUGGACAUCCACUGGCGCGACACCUACACCUGCCCCACGGAGGAGGAGUACCGCUCCAUGGUGCUCCAGAAGACGGGCGGCCUCUUCGGCCUGGCCGUGGGUCUCAUGCAGCUCUUCUCCGAGUGGCGGUGCGACCUCAAGCCCCUGCUGAACACGCUGGGCCUCUACUUCCAGAUCCGGGACGACUACGCCAACCUGGCGUCGCGCGAGUACUGCGAGAACAAGAGCUUCUGCGAGGACCUGACCGAGGGCAAGUUCUCGUUCCCGACCAUCCACGCCAUCUGGUCGAUGCCCGAGAGCCGGCAGGUGCAGAACAUCCUGCGCCAGCGCACCGAGAACAUGGACAUCAAGCGCUACUGCGUGGACUACCUGGAGAAGGUGGGCUCCUUCGCCUACACGCGCCAGACCCUGCGCGACCUGGAGGUGGAGGCCUACCAACUCAUACGCGACCUGGGGGGGAACCCCGAGCUGGAGGGCCUGGUGGAGCACCUCAGCCAUCUCUAUAAAGAGGCUGAACCCACGAGCAGCGGCAGCGGCAGCGGCAGCAGCAACAGCAGCAGCAAGGCUUAGCACCGACCAGAACAGACAGUGGGGUGCAGACAUGUGGCAUUGCAGACAUGUACUCAUAUUGUGUUACUGUUUAUUGCUUUAAGUUCUGUCACUGACUGUAGGGGCAUUCAGACCAGCUCAAACACUGGGCUGACCUCUGACCUAUGACACGACAGACAUGUACUUGCUGCAGGUGUUUAUUGCUUUAAGUUGUCAUUGUUGUUGACUUCCUGUUAAAUACCACUUUGUUUUCUACUAUUUUGCUGUCUACAAGAACAAAGGUGGGGAGUCUACUAUAUCUAUUGAUCAUAAACAAUUCCCAAACAGGAAUUCCCAACAGUUAAAUCCUGACUCCAAAUGGGACUAAGCUCCCAUUUCCAUAUCAGCAAAUGUCGUUGUGUUGGUUAUACUUCCCUGCUAUUGUGGCUGUUCCUCUCCUAGCAGGAUGGUUAAGUAGAGAAUAUUUUACCAGAACAACGCAGGAUGUCUGCGUAUAAAAUUUGGGAGUGAAAACUGCAGUGCUCCAUUCUUCAAAGCUCAUCGCUGAACCUCGUCUGAACUUCCCUUGGUUGUUCUCAAGGUUCGAAGCGAGUCAUUUCUCCCUCCCUGCCUCCUUUUUUUCGAUUUUUUUUUUUUCUGUUUCUAAAGACCGUUCUGUGCCAUGACUAGUAGCCAGAAAGUGCCCGCCGACUCGGAUUUCAGCUUCGACCAACAGAUACUUGAACAGUCCCACUCCCAGUUCCCUUUCAAAGAGUCGAUGCAGGAGGAGAAUCAGAGUGGCUGUGAAGCACUGCCGAGCCUUACAUUGUGUCUGUUGAUACGACUGGGGGGGGGGGGGGGGGUUGGUGUGUGGAUGGAUGCUGGUGUUGGACUACAGUAAUGGAACUCUUAAUAAUUACUGUAAUCAGUGCUCUAGUGCCUCCGCUGUGGAAAUGCUCUGUGACCGGGAUCUUGAGCCUCUUCCACUGAGACGGAAAACUGACCUCAAUAUGUCUAGUUUGUCACACGAAAAUGCUCCAAUGUGAAGUUGCAGUGUAUAUUUUUCAGGGACUCUUCUGUCCGGUUGUGUAUUUGUAUCUUUUGCUAACCGACUGUUUCACCUCAUACAUACUCCUGUAAUCUGAAAAAAAAAACACUUAUGUUACAACGGCCACUCCUAACAUCAGCAGGAAGGGAUACUGAGUGUUCCUGCAUGUACUGUCUCGGGAGAGUAUGUGGUUAUAUAAUUAGGUUCUCAAUAAAAACUCCACGAACCAUCUGAAAUGAA